AUGACGUCCGAAGCUACCAACUCGGCCCCCCAGACCAAGAUCGCCGUUUACUGCGGUGCCUCCCCCGGCCACAACCCCAAGCAUCUAGCCAUGGCACGCGAGCUGGCUCAUGCGAUGGCGGAGAACAACAUUGGCCUAGUAUACGGAGGAGGCACCAUCGGCAUCAUGGGUGAAAUAGCACGCACCCUCGUCUCCCUCUCCGGCCCCUCCUCCGUCCACGGCGUGAUCCCCGACCCCCUCAUCCGCUACGAACGCAACCUCCCCACCAAAGCCUCCGACUUCUCGGGCACCGGCAACCCUGAUCUCAACCCCGUGCUGCCUGACGAGGCCGUGUUCGGCCGCACCACCGUCGUCCCGGACAUGCACACCCGCAAGAAGCUCAUGGCGCAGGAAGUGUUCAACGGCGGGCCCGGCAGCGGCUUCAUCGCCCUCUCGGGCGGCUACGGCACCAUUGAGGAGAUGUUCGAGACGGCUACCUGGAACCAGCUGGGUAUUCACAAGAACGGCAUCUGUCUGCUCAACGUCGAUGGGUUCUUCGACGGUAUUCUGCAGUGGAUCGAGAAGUCGAGUAGCGAAGGAUUCAUCUCGCCUGCGAAUAAGGGGAUCGUCGUGACGGCUACGGAUGCUAAGGGCGCUUUGAAGCAGUUGAGGGAGUAUAAGCUCUCGGCGGAUACGAUGAAGCUUGAGUGGGGAGAUCAGUGA